AAAUCAUCUGUCCUCUCAAAAAGCUGGCAUUAUCUCUGGAAAUCUAUUUACAAUUUCCAUUUCAACGACAGAAAUUACAACCAUGUCGAGAACUUCGUAUCCUUUGUCGACCACGUUUUAACUCAUUCUACUUGUUCCAAUAUCAAUAAAUUCCAACUCGACAUUCAUAACAGAGAAUGGGAUAUCCAUUCUAAAAUCAGCCAAUGGUUCAUUUUUGCUGUGAAUAAAAAAGUGGAACAUGUUGUUUUACAUGCUUAUCCAUCUAUUGAAGAAACCACUUACUAAUUGCCUCUAUCUAUGUACAGUUGUUCCUCAUUGAUUACAUUGUAUUUGAGUUAUGUGGUGUUUGAUAAAGGAUUAUGUAUAGCUUGGAACUCUCUAAAGAGCUUAACUCUGGACUCGACUGAGUUAGAAGAUGAUGAUAUUGUGAGAUUAUUGUCAAGUUGUCCUGCUUUGGAAACUAUGGAGUUCUCAUGCUGCGUGGGUUGUCAUCGUCUAGAAAUGGCUUCUUCAAAUUUAAAGACACUAAAGUUACAUUCCCAUUAUCAUCUUCCGUUUGUAGGAUAUGGUACUUUGGAAAUUUUUGCCCCACAUCUUCAACAUUUCGAUAUUUCAGGAGAACUUCAAAAGUUGAGUUGUGUGACCGAGCUAAUAAUUGGAAGUUGGCUUGCAGGGACCGUGUUCAUGAUGAAUCUCGAAGGAGUGAUGCUUCCAAAAUUGAGAUGCAAGUGUCUAACUCUGAAGUUGUUUGUAACAGACUAUAAUCUGUAUGGAAUAGCCAGUAUUUUGCAAGCCUUGCCUCUUUUGGAGUCGUUCAACAUACAAAUGACAGCUGAGGUCGUAAUUGCUCUCUAUAUAUGCUCUUCUUUUUGCAUCCAUAUUCAGUUUUGAUUUUUAAACCCUCCAUUUCCUCCAAUGGAGUUACCUAAUGAGAACGCAAAUAUAACAUUCCUUAUUGUUAAGAAUAAUUUGUCACCAUAGAACUAAAAACUAAUGAUCAAGGUUGUUGCUUUCUGUCCGGCGAACAAGCUCAGAAAGGAAAUGAUCAUUGACAGCUAGACCUCUUUUUGUUUGGUGUCUGUACAGUAUGAGAAUUGUAGUCUUUGAGAAUAAUCAUUUGCUGAGACUGUUCAGCAUUUGUGGUCUUUGAGAAUUGUUCUACCAUGAGAUCAUUUCAUUUUCUGGAUCCUGAUUUUCUUCUUUAUUCCAGUUUAGCGAUCCCCCCCCGCCAGCUUGAGCAAAGCUAUUUCGACGAAGUAGAUAACAUCAAUUUGCCAAGUUGGAUUCCAAACACCGUGUUUCCCAAUUUCAAGAGUGUUAAGAUUGCCAGCUGCAGAACAGGAUGUCUAAAGAAGUGGUCUAAAGGAAGCUUUUGUAGGCUUUUCAAACUAUUCGAAGUUUCUUCUAAAGAAUGCAGUGGCUUUCCAGAAGCUUGUAAUCGUUGCAAAAAGGAGAAAAUGUUGCACUUGUUCAGAGAACUGUGUGUCCCGGUAUUUCUCACGGUUGGCUAAGAAAUUGUUAGACAGUCCAAGAUCAUCAACAAAUUUUGUGAUUAUUUAUCAAGAGCUUUCUUAGCAUGUCCACCAAAGUCCGAGGUUUUUUUUUUUUAAUUUUUAUUUCAGCAUUGUAAAAAUACCUUAUAUUUAGCUUUUGAUUUACUGUAGAUGUAAUUUUGAAUUGUGGCAUUCAAAAGGUUAUGAUGGCUGCUUGGUUUGUUAGAA